AUGGGGCAUUGGACGGAAACUUCCAUUGAUUCAAUGUCGAAUACACAAAAGGAAAUUGGCGUGACGACAACUCAGGAUAGCGGAUCUACUUCUGUUUACCUGGGGAGUAAGCACGAGUCAUCUAUCCACGACCUCAGUCCAGACAAUGGCACCUCUGCAGUAGAACCGCCAUUGCUCUGGUCGAAAUGGAGGACAUACGGCCGUGAGGCUUUCUCUGAGUUCUUCGGCACUAUGAUUUUAAUUCUCUUCGGAGACGGGGUAGUUGCCCAGGUUAUGCUCAGUCAUAACCAGAAGGGUGACUACCAGUCGAUAUCAUGGGGAUGGGGUCUAGGUGUCAUGCUAGGCGUAUACGUUAGCGGAGCCUCAGGAUCCCACAUCAACCCAGCCGUGACACUUGCCAACUGUGUAUUUCGGAAGUUCCCCUGGCGCAAGUUCCCUAUCUAUGCCAUGGCACAACUUCUUGGUGCCAUGUGCGGUGCAGCAAUUGUCUACGGCAAUUACAAAUCCGCCAUAGACGUCUUCGAAGGCGGCCGUGAUAUUAGGACGGUACCAGGAUACUCGGACACCGCAACAGCGGGAAUCUUCUGCACAUAUCCUGCAGACUUCAUGACCAAGACAGGCCAAUUCUUUUCUGAAUUCCUCGCAAGUGCAAUUCUGAUGUUUAUGAUAUUCGCGCUGAAAGACGAUGGAAACCUGGGCGCAGGGCCACUGACUCCUCUCGCACUUUUCUUCGUCAUAUUCGGUAUCGGAGCUUGCUUCGGCUGGGAAACUGGAUAUGCCGUCAAUCUUGCCCGAGAUUUUGGACCUCGACUAACGUCCUACAUGCUGGGAUACGGACAUGAAGUAUGGGCCGCUGGUAACUACUACUUCUGGGUCCCAAUGGUCGCACCAUUCCUCGGCUGUACCUUCGGAGGUUGGAUCUACGAUGUCUUCCUGUACACAGGACAAGAUAGUCCGAUCAACACACCGUGGAUGGGACUCAAACGGCUCCUUGGACCCCUAAACAAAAAAGGCGUCAUGUCUUCAAGUCCGGUCUAG